CAGAGGGCAGAGAGGUUGAGGCCAAUUCAGAAACCUCCAACGCACACUGACACUUGCACCCUCACCCUCCACCAUGAAGGACUCCGCAGCACUUCUGUGUCUGUUGCUCAUAGCAGCCACCAUCAGCACCCAGGUGCUUGCUCAGCCAGAUUCCGUUUCCAUCCCAGUCACCUGCUGCUAUAAUAUGGUCAAUAAGAGGAUCCACAUCCAGAAGCUGAAGAGCUACACAAGAGUCACCAACAGCCAAUGUCCUCAGGAAGCUGUGAUUUUCAAGACCAAGCUGGACAAGGAGGUCUGCGCUGAUCCCAAGCAGAAAUGGGUCCAGGAUUCCAUGAAGCACCUCGACAAAAAGUCCCAAACUUUGAAACCUUGAACUUUUACAUAUGUACUAAGAGAUAGUCAGAGCCUGAGGAAAAUCUUAUUUAUUUUCUCUCAACCUUCCCCAAGUGCAGAAUGAUAUUAUUUUAUUAUAAUGUAUAAAAAGAAACACUUUGGUUAAUAAUUUAAGCAUAUUUCUUAAAUAAUAUUUAAUCGCAUUUAAGUUAUUGAUGUUUUGACUUUAUCUGCCAUAAAUCCUAAUGAAUAUAAAGUGCAAAAUCUGGUGACAUGUUUUCUUUUCUGUGAGUUUAAUUAAGUUCAUGGCAAGAUGUCACUGUUCUCCCUCCUACUUGCCUGUAGUAUUGUGAAGUCCUUCCAUGGAUCAUCAGAGUGAAACACUUCCAUAUUUUUAGGAAAUUAGUGCUUUUGUAAAUGUAUGCUCUCUAGUGUUGUUGAA